AUGCCAACACAACAUAUUGCUCUGGCAUUAUUCUUAGUUCUGUUGGCAAUUGGAGUCAUCAUUUUGAUCAGCAUACUAGUUAUUGUCAAAAGACGUAUAGCUCGACGAAAAAGCCGAAUAGGACGUACUACUUAUAAUUCAUGUGGACAUGGCCUACCAAAAGUUUGGAAAUCAAAUAUCGAGAAAAAAAUUAAUGGCACUGUGAAAAUACGCACUGAACCUCAGGUAUUCGGUCCUCAUUAUUCUGAAAAUUACGAUGUCUACACUUCUACUGGUGAAGUAACUUUCCUUUAUCGUGCUAAAACAGUCGAUCAGUUUCUCAUGUUAAAACAAGCCAUACUUUCCUUAGAUUCGACAUUAGAAGCUCCUCCAUUAAGAGAUAUACGUGAUUUCUUAUUGACAGCUCGUCAUAAUGUCAUGAAUCCGCCACCAUCUCGUGAUCACAUUGAAGAAUAUUGUCAACUGUAUUUAUGGGCAAGGCAUGAUUUGAAUUCUUUUGGUGAAUCAGAAUAUAAACGGUUUUGUGAAUUGCAAACUAAUUUAUUAGAAAUAGUCAAUCGUACAAAACCAUGGCCUGUCUAUUCAUCAGGUGGAACCAAUACUAUUGGUCAGUCAUUAUCCGAACAGUCAUCAAAGAUACAUAAAAGAAAUCAUUCAAAUUUUAAAAUUAAUUUUCCAUCAUUUCUAUUUAAGGCAACAGAACAUUCACAACUUCGUGUUGUUCAUUCAAGUGCUUCUGUUACAACAGUAACAACUACAAUACCAUCUUCAUCAUCACCGCUAACAACAACAAUAACUACAAGUAUUGCAUUAUCACCAGCUACAUUGUCAUCACCAUCAACGUCUAUAGUUAAUCAAUCACGUCCAACACGUGUUAAAGUAUUAUCCAGAACUGGACAACCUAGCGGUUUAAAUUUAAAACGUUUAUCUCAUUCAACACAUCGUAAAAAGCAUGAAUUAUUAGUUUCAUCAUCUGAACAUGAAACGCUUACUAAAAACUCACAUUUAAUUCAUCCAAGCCAUAUCUUUACAAAUGAUGUCAUCGGUGAAAUUGAUUCCAGUGUAGAUUUAUUAAAUAAAAUUGAUAGAAUGGAAACGAAAACCGAUAGUUGUUCACAUCGUCGUGAUAGUUGUCAAAGUGAUGGUUCACAAACAGCGUUAAUUGAUUUAGAACCUGUUAUUGUUGUGAAUCCAUCGAAAACAUUAUCACAACCAUCACGACAAAUAAAACUCAGUGAAUCUUAUAUUAUUCAACCGGAUAUAAAAAAUCUAACACGAUUUAACAAAGGUAUGGAAAAUGAAGCUGUAAAUUGUUGA